AUGUCAAACAGUGGUGUUACUGCCGCUCUAUCUCUUCCGUCCGCUCUACCUGAUAACCACAUGGUUCGGGUGUUUACCUCUAUGAACCGUCUCCGUGCCGCUGCAAAUGAGGUCUUCGCAUCUCUUGACAACAAACAAAGCACAAACCAAUGGCUUCUUGUUCUUGGCCUCCCCACAACAGUCAUCAAGCGCCUCGACGAAGACCGUAAUUGCCUAGAGGCGAUUAAUUACCGAUUCCAAUGGCAAGGCAGGAGCGGUCUGAUAAAAGUCAUCCCGACAGCCCAACACGAAAUCAUCACCACGAGGGUUAUGUUCUCUGUGAAUGACGCUCUCGCUGCAAUGGGUCUGCACUGGAGUGAUUCAGAAUGGGUCGGCCAUACUACCUACAAGCCGAACCUUGCCAAAGGCAAACAGCCCGACAAUGCAUUUCUCCCGCCCUCCCGCUGCACGAUACCACUCAGUUCGACGGGAUGGCCAACUCUUGUCAUUGAGACCGGAGUGUCUGAAAGCUUGAGCCAGCUCCGCGCAGACGCAGCAAGGUGGUUUGCAGAUUCGAACGGCGAUGUUAGAAUCGCGCUGGUUAUCGCCAUCAAGGACAGCAGGGUUGACAUUGAAAAAUGGCAAUUGGCUCCAGAAGGUGUGCCCCCGCUGGACCUCCAGGUGCCCGACAGCCAACAGCCAUAUUGCGCCCAGAAGAUAACCAUCACACCACAAGGUGUUACUGGGACUCCCCUUGUCUUACCCUUCAAUGCUUUGUAUGAUAGAGUCCCGGGCCCAGGGGAAACCGAUGUCCUUAUCACGACGGCAGACUGUUUGAAGAUUACGACGAGGCUGUGGUGA